CUUUCCCCGCGCGUGGGCGGGCCCUCGGCUGGUUGCCGGGGUGCCGGUUUAGGUGCGGGGGCAGCCAUGGCGGCGCCGAGUGGGGACUUGCGCAGCGUGCUGAUCACCAGCGUGCUCAACCUGGAGCGCCUGGACCUCGACCUGUUCAGGGGCCGCCACCACUGGGUCCCCGCCACACGGCGCCUCUUCGGCGGGCAGAUCGUGGGGCAGGCGCUGGUGGCCGCCGCCCGCGCCGUCAGCACCGGCGAGCAGGUCCACUCGGUGCAUUGCUACUUCGUGCGGGCAGGGGACCCCAAAGUGCCGGUGCUGUAUCAGGUGGAGCGGACCUGUACAGGGAGGAGCUUCUCUGUGCGUUCUGUAAAGGCCAUCCAGCAUGGAAAGCCCAUCUUCAUCUGCCAGGCCUCCUUCCAACUCUCCCAGGACAGCCCACUGCAGCACCAGUUCACCAUGCCCACUGUGCCGCCGCCCGAGGAGCUGCUGACGCAAGAGGAGCUCAUCCAGAAGUUCCUGCAGAAUCCUAACCUGGCAGAGAAAUACAGGAAGCACCUCAACAGGAUUCAAGCUGAAGAUGUGCCCAUUGACAUUAAACCCGUCAACCCCCCAGAUGUGUUCACCCUGGAGCCGCAGGAGCCAAAGCAGCUGUUCUGGGUGCGGGCACGAGGCUACAUAGGAGAGAUGGACUUGAAGGUGCACUGCUGUGUGGCGGCCUACAUCUCCGACUACGCCUUCCUGGGCACGGCCCUGCUCCCGCACCGGCAGUACCACGUCAAGUUCAUGGUGUCCCUCGACCAUUCCAUGUGGUUCCACGCACCCUUCCGAGCAGACCACUGGAUGCUGUACGAGUGCGAGAGCCCGUGGGCCGGUGGCUGCCGGGCGCUGGUGCAGGGGCGGCUGUGGCGCCAGGAUGGGGUCCUGGCUGCCACCUGUGCCCAGGAAGGGGUCAUCCGGGUGGACCAAAUGGCAAAUAACCAGAGCAAGCUGUAACUGAGGAGGCUGGCAGCAGCGGUUCUGUGGCUUCGGCAUGCAAGGAGGGGCCCUGGGACCAGCACAGAGGUGGACACGGCAGGACCGGGCAGCGGUGGGAAUAGGCUGGAUCCAGGACCACUGUGACCAACUGUCAGCUGCACAGCACAUAACGGCCACUGCCAUCAGCUACUUUUCACCUGCCCCAAAUAAAGCAACCAGGAGAACAGCUGAGCUCCAGUCCUGGAGUUCAUCCUCUUGGCUCCAGCUCUGCUCACCCGAGGGAGCCGCUUGGGGCAGGGGAGGGCAGGAUUGUGGGGGCCCGGGGCCACAGGCUGGGCACACGGGCGAGCACUGGGAGCUGGGGAAAGGGGACGAGUCGGGGCCCUCAGGGUGAGGGAUCCUGUGGGAAGUGUACACGGAGCAGGCGCCUGGCUCGGCCUCCUGGCUCGUUAAAUAAAGUCCUUUAUUGUGUUACUGAAGUUUUAGGGGAAGUUCCUGGCAAGAACCCCGAACCCUGCCAGGAGCCUUCCCGGUCCCUCAGGUCCAUCUGAAGUCCCACAGGUUGGGAGCGCCUGGCCCCGUGGGAUGGACCAGAUGGGGAGAAAGUGCAUUUCCAAGGCAGCUCCCAGGCAUGGGCUGUGCUGCCUGCAGGAGCACAGCGCUGCAUUCAGCUCAAUCCCUGCCCACAGCAUCAUCCUUGCUGUUCCUAGCCCCAUCCCGCCCACAACAUCGCCUUUGCUGCUC